GGCGCUCGCACGUGCCCGCCGUCCGCUAAAAACAGAUUUCUCGAGUUACGCCGGUUUUAUUGAAAAAUUGAUAAAAAAGAUACAACGUCUUUUGCCGUUCGGGCGGAGCUGUGCUUGAUUGAACGUUUGUGGAAAGGAUUCGGUGGCGCGGAAUAGGUACAAAGGAGUCAUGUGACAUCGCAACAGUAUGUUCGAGGAAUAGUGUUGUGACAGUGUCGGUAACGCGGUGUCGAUAAAACGUCGAUAAAAAUGGCGCGAGUUUUGUUCGCGCUUCUGCCGGUGUUAGCGUCCGCGGCCGCCGUGGCGCUAGUGUCGCUAGAGACAGACGGUUGUAACCCUGAUAAGAUGACUGUGUACAAAAUGGUGCUCCAUACAUAUUGGACAAGGGAGAAGUUUCCGAAGCAUUACCCCGAUUGGAGACCGCCGGCGCAGUGGUCCAAGAUUUACGGAGCAUCACACGACCGCGCGUACACGCUGUUCCGGUUAGGACGGCGUGUGUCGCCGGCCGUCCGGCAAUUCGCGGAGACCGGACGGUCGGACGCGCUCGGCUCCGGUCCGGGCAGGCUCGACAUGUUUGAUGCGCCGGCGAUCACGCAGGGGUCGGGGAGAACUGAAGCGGAGUUUUUCGUUGAUGGCAAUCAUUCUAGGGUAUCACUGAUGGCGAGAAUGAUCCCGUCCCCAGAUUGGUUCAUCGGCGUGGACGGGUUUGAUCUCUGCGUUGAUGGCAAUUGGCUGGACAGCAUUACUAUUGAGGUGGAUCCACUGGACGCCGGAACCGACAAUGGGUUCACAUUCACUGCUCCGAACUGGCCCACAGCCCCUCAAGGAGUAGCUUACCGCAUCACGUCCAAAUAUCCUUCACAUCCUGCCGGAUCUUUCUUCUACCCGCACUUGAGACGACUACCGCCGAUUGCCACUUUCCAGUUUAUUAAGCUCCGCGAAUACGAACUCUCCGAAGUCUUCCACCGCAGCAGCGAUGACCAGAAAUACGACGUUCUUCAGUUGGACAAGCUGAGCCAUAACAGCAUUGACGUGCUUGACGGCAAUAGAGCGUUGUCCAUCGCUGAGGAAGUGGAACGAGCAGAGCAGGCUCCGAGGAUCUACGCCCAAGGUUCAUUGACGACACCGGAUUCUUCGUACGCGUAUUAUUCUCUAACCAAUACUACGGGCAAUACAACAGAAGAGCCGCGGUCAGCGAAUCAGCUUCCAUCAUCGGGGCCGACAGCGAGCGAGCGGUCAGCGCUGAGGAGUCUCGCGCGGCGGUACCGGGCGCGGCGCCGGCGCAGGCUCCACGCUGACGACAACGCCGACCCUGCUGAGAGGAGGAAGCGGAAAAGAUCAAAGCAGCGGGACUGCCGAGUAUCGCAGUGGGGCGAUUGGAGUUCAUGUCGGGGUCACGACGGCGGCUGCUUCGGCACAAUCGUGCGCAAACGCAAGAUCCUUCGCCAGCCAAAGCCAGAUGGCAACCCAUGUCCACCAACCACACAGUCCCGAUGGUGUACCACCAGUUGCACCGCAACCUUACCACCAGAUUGGCAUGAGACCCCCGACUGGCGUGAGAAUCUGACGUAAUAUGUAAUCCUGAUGAGUCAGGCCGAUUUCAAAAAUGUAUUGCCAUUUACUGUCACUAGUUCUAUUUCAGGUGAAAAGCCUUCAUUUAUUGCUGCAGCUUCAUCGAAUCUAUGAAGAAUAUAAUAGUAGAUAUAUUCUUUCUUAUUUCCUUCUUUCUUUCAAGGAUCUAUGAUACUUCAUUUUGACAGUAAAACUAAAGAUAAAUAUCCAACCGAAAUAAACAUUGGUCCUAGGUUCAUCCAAUGCAAUAUUCGGCACGGCUAGUGUUGUUGAGAUGCUUCAAUCUUCAGGCGAAUUAUCAUAAUUCUGACUGGUUCAUAUCCCAGCAUCAAAGCGUUUAGCUUUUCGGAGAUUAUGUAAUUCGACUACAGUGGGACUAGUGACUACAAUGGCAGCUCUUACGUUUGUUCGAGUUUUAAGUUUAUAUUUCUCUGCACUUUCCUUUUCAUUUUCAUUAUUAAGUUCAGUUUCAUUCGCAUCUGUGUCUGUCCGUCCAAUGGUAUAAUUUUUGUUUAUUCCAACAAUAAUGACCUUUCUGUUCAACUGUAAAUUGGUGGCGUGUAAAAAUAAAUCAAUAAAAUUGUUGUAUAAAAUAAAUUAGUAAGAGACUGUCGAUGUUCGGAAUAGAUAGAAUUCGGUUGUUUUCGGCUGUACCUAGUUAAGCUUCUUCAUACAUUUUCGUUUCUUUGUCAAUUAUCGUUAGGUAUUAAGAUAUAGGAUUUUAAGUAAAAACUUGACUUUGGCAUCUAUUUUUUCCCAAUAAUUCCCAUGUAUCCUCGUUACCCUCAUAUUACCAUCCAUUAAGAUCAAUUAUUCAAAACAUCUUCCUCGUGUAUUUUGUAGCAUAAUUGAUAUUUAUUUUGUCGUAGCUAGAAAUGUUUUAUUUACAAUCUUCUGCUCUAGUACAAAGGGAUAUCGUGUCUUAUGCUAUAAAAGUUAAAAAAAUAUAAUAUAUAUUCAUUUGAUGUUUGUACCUAUUCUAUAUUUCUUAUAUUACAUAGUUCCCUGACAAUAUUUUGGGAGGAUAAAAUGUCUGUUGCUUAUUGACGUAAUAUUGAAUACCAUAACUUCACCCUUCAUCAUUUACGGGUGGUUAAAUACUGGUGUUGAUUCCAGCAUUCAUUUCCUAAUUUUAGUUUAAGUUAUAUCUACCUGUCAUUUUUUUCCUGCCAAAAAGAAAAGAGACGAAAGAGUCAAAGCUAUUAAUUUUAAAAUGAUUAAGUAAAUUAAACAAUCAUCCGGAUGAAACAAAUUUGCAACUCACUGGUAUACAAACUGACGGGUGUUGUCGGCUUAAUUCUGUCGAGUUCACGCCAACGUUCCUAAACGUAAAAUUACGACCUAAAAUUUACAUGUUUCCAUAAAAAACUCUCUCUAAAUUUAAGAACUACGCUCUUAGAUUGUCGGUAGUGCUUUUUUCUUUUUCUUUUUCUUUCAACUGUUUAUAAACUGUCCUUUUCACUCUCGGCGGAUAAGAAAAUGACAGGUAUAACUUAAAAUAAAAUUAGGAGAAAUAAUUAUGUUACUACAAAUACUACAAAUCGGUAGUACCUACCACAAGUUCAUUUCAUACUAACAUAUACCACAAUCAUCACAAUAAGAAACAGACAAUUUUGUAUACUUAGUUUAAAAAAAUACAUAUCGUUUAAGUAAGUACUUUAACAUUGUGACAGUAAUUCAAUAAAGAGUAGCUAACUGUUUUAGUCUGUGUAAAAUGAAUCCAAAGAUACAGCUUUUAUUUUUCAUACUGAUAAGUGUAAAAACAAUAUGUAAUGAUGUAGGUAAGUAUAAAUAAGAUACCUAUUAGUUAGGUCACAAAGCCUUCUGUGAGAUUUCCGACUUUAUUAGCGACUGAAUGACGUUGCUUUUUAUUUUGAAACGCGUUGCGUCUGUUUGCAUGAAUUCCAUUUUUACGUUAAAACAUUGUGAAAUAAGGGAGAUGGCAAACUUAUCGAUGUGGGAUCGGUUUUUAAAAGGCUUAAUUAUUUAGCGAUUUGGUGUUUCGAUCCUCUUGUAGCUGUAGUUCUUGAUUGUCCGGCUACUGAACUAGACGUUUAAAAUUUUGUACCUCACACGUUUCUAGUUUUGAUAUGACUAUUAUGUCAUUGGCUUAAGCUUAACCCGUACCGACUAUCGAUAAGUUAAAGAACAUCACUAAUCACGCGGAACAAGAAAUGCCAAAGAAAUUAGUCAAAAUUGAAAGAAAAUGUUUCGACUCGAAUUGCAUAAAGGCCCGGUACUCCCUCACCGCGAACAUUCGCCUGCAGUGUAGUGUUAUAGAUCCGAGAAUUACAUCGAUGAGGGACGAGAACUGCUAAUAAGCAGAUAAUUAUGCAGUAUUGUAAUGUAAUGCUCAAAAACGUUACAUUUCACGCGAAUGUUCCUAGUAAGGGAGCACCUUUAAGUUCAACAUAGUUUCUUUUCUACACUUUAAAAUUAUCAAGAAAAUAUCUAAAAAUAACAAUACUCGUAAAUGUUAAAAAGCUAUAUUAAUAAAAAAAUGUAAAAUAGAACCAAAUUAAGCUGAAAUGUUAACCUUAGUGUUACUAUUGAAUUGGAGUGUGUGUAUUUUUUACAAUGUAAAUUAUUCUGAUUUCAGUAAUAAAAACAUCUCAAAUAA